ACAGAGCACACCCCUACGAGGAGCCAUCGUAUGCCGUCUACAAGUUGGAGGAUUUCUGAUCUUCCUUGUCAUUGUCCACAAGGAAGUGAUACCGUGUACGAUCGGUCCGAUAAUCAUAGUUGCCUGUUCUCUGUUUGCAGGCGAUGACAAUGUCGAAUCCUGGGUGAACUCAAUGCCAACCCCAUCCCAGCCAGGCUGAGCAGGACACUGCCACGAUGCCAAAACGAGAUUGGCGCAUCACCGAGCUGACACUCCGUCCCUCCCAUCGUCCCCAGACUGUCCCAAUGGAUCAAAUUGCAACUCAAUCCUCGACUAGACCACAUCGAAACUACGCCUUCGACAGGUCGACUCGGUUGCCGGAAACGCCAAACUAGCUGCCGCCUCAAAAACCAGGCCAUGAGACACCCCGAGGUAUUCAGAGCUCUCUCUCCCAACAAUGCGUCUCAUCAAUGCCCAUACCCUUGAGAUCGAGUACUUUACAGGCACAAGCAUCCCGAAAUAUGCCAUUCUAUCGCACACAUGGGUUGCAAAGGAGGCAACUUUCCAGAAAUGGACCAACAUAUGGACCCGAUUGACCCACAAACAUCGCCCCGGCUUCCACAAAAUUCUCGCAACUUGCAGGCAGGCUCGCCGGGAUGGUCUCGACUAUGUGUGGGUGGACACGGUGUGUAUCGACAAGUCCAGUUCGGCCGAGCUAUCAGAAGCCAUCAAUUCCAUGUACACUUGGUACGAGAAGGCCACGAUAUGCUACGUCUACCUCUCCGAUGUUGCUGCGUCUGGUACAAAGGCCAAUGACGAUACCUUCGAUUCGCUUCGCAAAAGCAGGUGGUUUACCCGCGGCUGGACCCUGCAAGAGCUCAUCGCCCCCGAACAUGUCCAGUUCUUCACAAAGGACUGGGAGGUUCUGGGCGCCAAGAAGGCCCUCGCUGUUCUCAUCUCUACCAUUACCGGCAUUGACGCCGCAUGUCUGAAGAAGGAGAAUCGGUUGCGCGACUACAGCAUUGCCCAGCGCAUGACCUGGGCCGCCAAGCGAGAGACAACCCGCGUGGAAGAUCUGGCUUACUGCCUGCUUGGCAUCUUCGGCAUCAACAUGCCCUUGCUGUACGGGGAAGGACCAAAGGCCUUUAUGCGACUUCAGGAAGAGAUCAUCAAGGUGUCCGAUGACCAUAGUAUUCUCGCCUUUGAAACCAACCUCUCCGACAACACCCUCUUUGCCCACCAUCCCUCCGCCUUCGUCAAAGGAGGCUGCAUCCAUCCCAACUAUGGCCGCCAUCUCACACUACCCUUCUCCAUGACGAACGCUGGCCUAGCCAUGACCACCCCGCUUAUACAAACCCUUUCUCCUUACUGGGUCCUCGCCGUCUUCAAUUGUGUUGAAGUUGACACCGAGAACAACAUGCAGCGCUCUCAAAUCUGCUUGCCCCUCUUCGGAAAAGACAACCAAUUCAUGCGCGCCCGUAUACCCAUCAGCCUGAUUAGCCGCAAGAUCGAUGCCUCAUAUACACUGAACCCCACCGAGAAUCUGGGCGCGGCAGCAGGUGUCCUCGAUCUAACCCCUCGCUCCGAAACGAGCUACUACAUCUCCUACUUUGGACGUGUCUAUUCUGCCUAUGGCCGCGAGAUCGAUGUAGCCUUGAAGGGGUUUCAAGUCUAUCCCCAGCCCGAUCAUGGGUUCAUGAUCACUUUUCCCCGGGGCAUGGCUGGGUACCGACUGCAUACCGCAUUGCCGAGGCAGGACCUCCGCGACGACAUAAGCUUCUUCAUCCCUACCUCCCGAUACGUCCGCUCCUCCGACUCUCCCCAAAGAGAAGAAGACAUGCAAAUAUCCAGCGGGCUAGUUGUGUUCAAGAACGACAGCCUCUCCGACGACGAUCCAUCCAAAUGCGUCGGUAUAUACCUCGCUUUCGUAGCUACAACCAGCAGCAUAGCCAGCGACACGACCACAAGCACCACGACCCUAAAUACUACAACAAGUACUGGGGGAACUCAAGAUCUAGGAUGGGCAUGCAAAGUUUCCCCGACCCGGGAGUUCUACAACCACCGAACGAAUGCCAAACAGGUGCUGGCCAUGGCAAACGAGGAGGCCUUGUUGGGUAAUUGUCCGCGUUAUCAUCGCUGUGAGAACACAAUCGUGUCGGCGCGGACGAGGUUCCAGACUCCCAAGGGGGAGCCGUGCAAGGAUACAGUCAUGGUGGAAAUUGUGUUUGAUGCGGAGGAGUUGGUGAGGGAGAGGGAUGCUGAGGAGAGAGAUUUUGAGUAGUGGUUGACAAGGCUGGC